AAAAGAAUCACAAAUUUUUAGCUUAAAAUGCCACUCAAAGAAGCAUUUUUUGGGUUCUCAAUUCUGUAUCUGUUUUUAGUUUUCGCUGCAACUCCAACUUAUCAAGGAAAUUCUCAUAAUAUUAAGCAUGAUCGAAGUAAAAAGUUUGGAGGUUCAUUUUUUGCUAAUUCAAAGAAGGGCUCAAGCAAACGCUGGAAAAUUAUCAAAUGUUGUGGUGCAAACAAAUGUUCUGAUACUUUUGGCCCGAGAUCUUCAAAAAUACAAACACGACUAAAUAGUACAUUGAAAACAAAUCUUACUGAGCUGGGCGAUUCACAAUCUAGGUCAAGGACCCUUCCGGAUCAAAGCACAACUAAAAUUGAAUUCAGUGAAUUCCCAAUUUCAAAUGGCGUCCCGAAUUUGAACGAGCAGUCAACUGAUGGCUCGCCGUUGGAAAUGUCCCCUGCGAAUUCAACUGACGAUUCUACAGAAAUAAUACUAACAAAAUCUUCGCCGACAAUAAGCAGCCAAUCAGAUACAACAAGAAUUUUAACCGGGACAAGAUCUAAUUCAUCCUUUGACCUACAAAAUGUAGAACCAAAAGCUGAGUCUCCAGUUUCAAGCACCCAAAUUAGAAGAAUGACUGAAUCCUCCAUCGUGACGCCAACCACGACAGUACCUACAACAACCAUGGACCCAAAUCUGGUCGGGAAAUGUAAAUUGAAUACGAACACACUGGUCAACAGAUCUUUAGUUGCUACCAAUGAAUUGCUCGAGGACCCGGACCAGCACGGAUUUUGGCUUGAUACAUGCGGCCAAACCCUGUUGCUCGGAAAGUCACUGGGCACUUGGCACCAAAACUCAGCCAAAUGCUUCAGCCUGAUCAUGCAGCCGCUCGCUCUUGAGAGCAAAGAGAAGCUCGAGUGCAUGAAACUGCAAGCCAAGAGCUGGAAAUUCAAUUUGAACUACUGGACGGGAGGAGCAAAAGACCUGGCGAGCGGCAUCUUCGGGUGGUGCUCCGCGAACGGCUCCGCGCCUUGGCAAAACGUCCUCCCGCUGGAAAGCCUCGAGAAGGACCAAAACUGCGUCCAGAUGCAAAUUUCCAAGACAAACGGCUCCAUUUCAAUCAGCGGCAGACGGUGUUCGGACAGAAUGAUUUUCGCCUGCCAGGUUCAGUUUUUCACUGUAAUGGCCACAGACAAGUCAAUGGUCCUAAAAAACCAUAGUGCGCACGGUCGACUGAUUUCCUACAGACUACGCAACUAUCUCUUCAGUUUUGAAAAUGAUACCAGAACAUAUUUGGAAGCGACCAAGGCCUGUUGCGCUCUGGGAAUGUCUCUGCUGAGUUUGAAUGGGCAGUACAAGUACGAAGCUUUGGGCAACAUCAGUAACUCGACCGAAUUUAAAAAAGAGCCUUUAAAUUUGACCUUCUGGACUUCCGGUUGCGACGAGGGUUGCGAGUCGGUUUUUGGUUUCUGUACGGCCAAAAGGUUGUUCCGCGACGAGGCCAAGUGGCUGCCUGGACAGCCGGACAACGCAGGAGGAAAGGAGAACUACGUGGCCGUCCACAUUUGGCGCAAUACGAGCGAAGUUUUGCUCGCCGACUAUGAUGGAGAGACCAAAUUCAGAUACAUUUGCGAGAAACGACGCAAUCCGCAGUCAAAGAACGGCAAGCAGGCCAUCAUGGACGAAUGCUCGGUUAUAUAUAAAGUCACCUUGGCCGAAAUUGACUUGCUGCAAAAUGCGACAACAUUGGACUUGCGGAUGAAAUGUUUCGUACAGUGUGUUGGAGACGCUGCGGGGCUGCUGGUGGGUGGUAAGUUUGUGGACAGCGAAGUUUUCGCAAUGCUCGAGGCCAUGUCCCUUCAAAAUAUAGACGAACUGAUCAAAAAUAUGGCCAUCAUGGACGAGUGCAACAACAAAACUUAUGGCUUGGACGAGUGUGACAAAGCGUAUCAGUUGUCAAAGUGCGCCAGGGACAAAGCGCCAGAGGUCUUUGAUCAAAUCAUCAAGGAUUUGGAAAAGCAGACCACAGACAGUGAUGAACUGAUUUCCAAGUCGUACGGAUGUUUGAAUUCUUUGGCCUGUACAAUCAACGUCGAGGAAAGGAACAAUUUAACCUUAAUAAACUUGAAUGCUUCUGAAUAUAUUAACUACACCAGUGCUGUCAUGCUCGCUAAAUGCGACGCAUCUAAAACUUAUUUAAUUCGUAACAGUAACCAUCUCACAUACAGAGACGCGUUUAAGUAUUGCUGCGAGCGCGGCAUGCGAUUGAUGCCAGCGGAGAGCUACAUUAAUGCCACGAGUUGCUUGAAAGUGGCGCUUGCUGGCCAAAUUUUCGGAACGUACUUGUGGACGAUGUUGGACGUGGUUGUGUAUGAUGUGAACAACGGUGGUUCAUACUACGACUGCCAAACCCAAAAGGAUUUGCAGCCGCAAAAUUUGUAUUUCAAGACGCGGUUUAAAAUUGAUCCUUACGUGACGUACAGUGGUGGACCGCAGAUAGCUCACGUAUUUUUUAGCGGUGGCGAUCUGGUUAUUGAGACGAAGGGACCAGAUAUACAAAAUUAUUUCAUUUGCGAGGAAUAA